AUGCAAAUUAUAAGUAUAGCAGAGGAGAAGAAGAUGUAUAAUACAGCAGAGGAUGUGCAUGGUUUGGUUGAAAGAAUAAAAAAGUCGGCAGAGACUCUUAAGGGGAUAGACUUAAGUGAAAACUCAUUCUCACCCGAUGCAUUAGAGGCCGUGCUUAUUGAGCUAUCAAAAAUAGAAGAGAUGGAAAUAGUAAUAUUCAAAGGUAUUUUUACACAGAGAGUAAAGGAGCAGGUCUAUCCCAGUUUACAAAGCAUUGUAAAGUAUCUUACUCCACUAAAGAAAAUAGUAUACUUUGACAUUUCAGAUAAUGCAUUGUCGCUACACGGAAUGGAAAUACUUUCCCCGAUGAUAGAAAAAAUGCAUUUAUUAAAGCAUCUAGUAAUGAAUAAUAACGGGAUAGGAAUAGAUGGAGGAGAGUUCUUGUCCCAGGCAUUGGAGAAUCUGUCUAAAGAAAGUAAAGUAUUGGAGUCUUUAGAGGUGGGUAGAAACCGCCUGGAAGAAUCUGCCACUAAGCUAGGAAAGGCUUUAUCCCUUUUCCCUUGCUUUGAUGCACUGAAGAUAUAUCAGAACAGCAUCAACAGCAUAAACACAGGAAACCUUCUGACUUCUCUAAGCACGUUAAACAUGCGUAUUUUGGACAUAUCAGACAACUUUUUAUUAGAGUACGGCUCUACUGUACUGUCGCAGGCAAUGAAAUCUUGGCCAAUUGAGUAUUUGAAUAUAGCGGACUGCAUGAUGUCAGACAAAGGAGUGGAAGUACUUGCCAGUGCACUUCCCGAGCACAUAUACAUACAGGGGGAGCUUGUUUCAGAGAAAGAGAUCGAUAUGUCAUAUAACGAUAUUACAGAAGAGUCACUGGAUAGUAUCCGAGCAAUUAUAAAAAAAAUAUGCCAUACGAAGUUUAUUCUAACAGGAAAUGAAAUAGGAAAGGAUGAAAUAUCACAAAUUAAAAAAGAGGCAGAAAUAACAACAUGUGAAAUAGAGUUCGAAGAAGAAGAUGAUGAGCUAGUUUUCUCAUCCGAGGAGAAGGAAAAGACCGUAUCAGACGAAGAAAUCAUAAGAAAGCUUGAAGAACAGAUUUCUGAAAUAGUUAUACAGAAAGAAUAAGACUUUAAAGAAAGUGUUCAUUCUGCAAAAAGGAGCUUAGGGUAUUUUAAACUUAAAUAAACAUCUACGAAAACCAAU